GAAACCAAUCAGAUAGAGAGCCCCCUCGGCUCGGGCUGCCUGCAUGCCGGAGUUAAAAAGUGCUGCUGGCCGAGCGGGAGCCCUAGUGCGAGGCGGGGAGGCUGAGCGGCGGGAGAAGGGGCCGGGGAGCUGCGCUGCCGCGCCGCCGACCCGGGCGAGGCUCGGCCGCCUCGUCCCUGCGUGCCGAGAUCCUUUGAGACUGCAGAGACUAUUUAAAGAAGGAAGACGGCAUGAGAUUGGAUUUAGUGCAGUAAAGUAGGUUAAUUUGAGGACAAGACAAAAAAUCAUUAUUUAGACCUACUUGUGUUGCCGUGAUGAGAACUUACCACUGCUUCUGGCUGCUGUUUUGGGCUGGUCAGCCCCACCAAAGUUUCUUAACUCCGUUAUCCAAAAGGACUAGUGGCUUUCCAGACAAGGAAAAGGUUUUGGUGUUGUCUGGAAACAGCAGGCAAGACCUCCAUCGUUCCAAAAGGAGCUGGAUGUGGAAUCAGUUCUUUUUAUUGGAGGAAUACACAGGAACUGACUACCAAUAUGUUGGCAAGCUGCAUUCAGACCAGGAUAAAGGAGAUGGAUCACUUAAAUACAUCCUUUCUGGAGAUGGAGCAGGAGACCUCUUCAUUAUCAAUGAAAACACUGGUGACAUCCAGGCCACAAAGAGACUAGACAGGGAAGAAAAGCCUGUAUACAUACUCCGUGCUCAGGCUAUAAACAGAAGGACUGGAAGACCAGUGGAACCAGAAUCUGAGUUCAUCAUUAAGAUCCAUGACAUCAAUGACAAUGAGCCAAUGUUUACAAAGGAUGUUUACAACGCCAGCAUUCCCGAAAUGUCAGAUGUUGGUACCUUUGUUGUGCAAGUCACUGCAACUGAUGCUGAUGAUCCUACAUAUGGGAACAGUGCUAAAGUUGUCUACAGCAUUCUCCAGGGACAACCAUAUUUCUCCGUCGAAUCUGAGACAGGCAUUAUUAAAACUGCUUUACUGAACAUGGAUCGUGAAAACAGGGAGCAAUACCAAGUGGUCAUCCAGGCUAAAGACAUGGGAGGCCAGAUGGGAGGACUAUCGGGGACCACCACCGUGAACAUCACACUGACUGAUGUCAACGACAAUCCACCUCGCUUCCCCCAGAGCACAUACCAGUUCAGAGCUCCUGAGUCGACGCCGCUCGACUCCCCAGUCGGCAGGAUAAAAGCUAAUGAUGCUGACGUGGAUGAAAAUGCAGAGAUUGAAUACAGCAUCACUGAGGGGGAUGGAUAUGACAUGUUUGGAAUUACCACGGACAAGGACACGCAGGAAGGAAUUAUAACUGUGAAAAAGGCACUGGAUUUUGAAAGCAAAAACUUGUAUAUUCUCAAAGUGGAAGCUACCAACACUCAUGUGGACCCUCGUUUCCUGUACUUGGGGCCAUUCAAGGACUCAGCUACAGUCAGAAUUCAGGUGGAGGAUGUAGAUGAACCCCCCAUGUUCAGCAGACCAGCAUACAUAAUGGAAGUCAAAGAAGAUGUUCCGUUAAACAGUGUAAUAGGAACAGUAACUGCUCAGGAUCCAGAUGCUGCCAAGAAUCCUGUCAAGUACUCUGUAGAUCGCCACACUGAUAUGGAUAGAGUAUUCAACAUCAAUUCAGGAAAUGGUUCGAUAUUCACUUCAAAACCCCUUGACCGGGAAACACUGCUGUGGCACAACAUUACAGUAAUAGCAGCAGAGAUCAACAACCCAAAACAAAGCAGCCGUGUCCCCGUGUUCAUUAAGGUCUUGGAUGUAAAUGACAACGCUCCAGAGUUUGCCAUGUUUUACGAGACCUUCGUCUGUGAAAACGCAAAGGCAGAACAGCUGAUACAAACAUUAAGUGCUGUUGAUAAAGAUGACUCUUACAAUGGACAUCAGUUUUCAUUCUCCUUAGCUCCUGAGGCAGCCAGCAGCUCAAACUUUACACUACAGGACAACAGAGACAACACAGCAGGGAUUUUCACACGAAAAACCAGAUAUAACCGGCACGAAACAAGUACCUACUUCUUGCCAGUGGUAAUAUCAGACAAUGAUUACCCCAUCCAGAGCAGCACUGAAACGGUGACUAUCCGAGUGUGUGCUUGUGACCAUCGAGGAAAGAUGCUGUCCUGUAAUGCAGAAGCCUUGAUUCAUCCUACUGGUCUUAGCACUGGGGCUCUUAUUGCCAUUCUUCUCUGCAUCAUUAUAUUACUUGUUACUGUGGUGCUGUUUGCAGCACUGAGACGGCAGCGGAAAAAAGAGCCUUUGAUAAUUUCCAAAGAAGACAUCAGAGACAACAUUGUCAGUUAUAAUGAUGAAGGUGGUGGAGAGGAAGACACCCAGGCGUUUGAUAUUGGCACGCUGAGAAAUCCCGAAGCCAUAGAUGAUAAUAAAUUACGCAGAGACAUUGUGCCAGAAACGCUUUUUCUGCCGCGGCGGACUGCAACAGCGCGAGAUAACACGGAUGUCAGAGAUUUCAUUAACCAAAGGUUAAAGGAAAAUGAUACAGAUCCAACAGCACCCCCGUAUGACUCAUUAGCAACCUACGCGUACGAAGGUAAUGGUUCUGUGGCCGAGUCCCUCAGCUCCUUGGAGUCGGUGACUACGGACGGAGAUCAGGACUACGAUUACCUCAGUGACUGGGGACCUCGGUUUAAAAAGCUGGCAGAUAUGUAUGGCUCAAUGGACAGUGACAAAGACUCUUAAUAUGUUGUCU